ACCAACUACAACAACAACAAUGGUGGCAAGCACUGUGGCUUCUAAAUACCAACCACAGAUUCUUGAUUUGGUGUUAGGAACAGUUGUCUUUUUCCUCCUCCUCCUCCUCAUCAUCACCAUCGUCUUCUUUACUUGGAGAUGCAGGUUUAAAAGACGCGGAAAUGAAGAAACACAACCUGUCUAUGAUGAGAUACAAGAUGGAUUCAUCUUUCAGACCACAAAUGUUCUGAUUCAAUGCAGUGGAAACUCCACAGCAACAGCAGUGGUCCGGUUUUCAGUCCCUGAGGACCACCGCAUCUGUCUGCAGUGCGGGGGCUCCGACAGCUCUGAUGUAGUCUGGACUCACCGUGACCGGAAGGUUCUGGUGUCCCGGCAGGGCAGCUACGAGACCAACAAGGACUCCCAGCGCUACCACCUGCUGUCUGACGGGGGGCUCUGCCUUCUGCGGCUCGAUGACUCUGACGGGGGGGCCUUCAGCUGUAACCAGCAUCUGGUGGCCGAGCUGCAGGUGAUGACAGGCGAGGACUUCCUGGUUCCUGCAGGCCGGACCCUGCUGCUCCCCUGCAGCGACUCCUCCAAACGCAAGAAGAAGUGGUCCCAACGGAGGGAGGGGGGGCGGUGGGAGACCCUGCUCACGCUGUUCAGGAACGGUACAGUGAGAGCAGAGAGGAGCCGGAUCAGCCUGAGGAACGAGGCCCUGCAGAUCCAGGACGUGCAGCCAGAGGACUCCGGAGAGUUCCUGUGUAACGGGAAGCUGCAGGCCAGACUCUCCGUCCUCACAGUGCAACCUGAGCCGACCAUCCUCCAGACCACCACCAGAACAACUGCAACAGCUGUCGUCAUGGAAACAGAAGAGGUUGAAAUAAAGAAGAAGGAGAAGAAGACACCUGUGAAUGCCCUGCUGAUGGUUGCCGUGGCGGGGAUGGGGUUAAUGAUCCUCCUCAUGGCCGGGGUCUGUGUUCUACUGACCGGCAUGAGGUGCAGGAGGAGGAGGAAACACAGAUGUGCAGCCCAGAGUCAGGAAGACACAGAGCUGCAGCCGUGGAAUACGUCCAACACACAGACUGAGUGGGAGGACUCUGAGAGCCCGUCUCCGCAGGAGGAGGCGAUCCAUUACGCCUCUCUGGGCCGACCGAACUGGAGAGGGGGACCCAGCAGGACUCCAGCAGACCAGAACCAGGACCACGUCAUCUACUCUGCUGUCGUCACCAGACCAGCUGCUAAACAGAAAGCUUCUCUGCUGCUCCGUGCACUCUGACAUAUCCAGUCUAAUGAAAGGCCUAUUGGGCCCCUUCCCAAGUGUGUUCUAUAGGUUUGUGUGCAUUCAAAUCCUCUGCAAAGGCUAUCAUCCCUGUGUUCCCUCCAGAGGGAGUUUCUCUCCCAAAACGUGUGAAUAAAGUGCUGUAGAGUCUUCAAACCAGGAAAUGAGAUGGUGCACAUUUGAUGUCGCCAUCUUCAGUUUUUUGAAUGGGUUUUCUGUAAGAUGCCUGAAAUAGUGCAACUGAAAAGGUUUUUUAAACUUCCCUGUGUCUCUAUACAUCUUUGUAUUCUU